AUCAAUGGGCAAAUACAUCGUCUUUCAGAUACACUCCUUUUGGCUUUCAUCCGGGUUUUCUCCUCUUGCAGCUGAAGCUCCAAGCCCUCCAUCACCAACCCUUGGACCGCAUGGACUUUGGGAAUGAGAGUAAGAGCAGCCGUCUUACCACCUUCCGAGAGCAAGUUCAGCGCCUCAGCAAUGAAAACGUUCAGCUGCAAGACAGGAACGAGAGGCUCUGCGCCAAACUUGGGGAGCUGCAGGAGAAAAUGGGGCAGGUGGCUGGCUCCAAAACCGACUUGUCGUCAAGACUGGUUCAUAGUGAAGAGGAGAAGCUCAAGAUUUCCAAGGACUUCGUUGAUUUCCAGAUUGAGACCAACAAAAUGAGAGAGCGUCACGAAGCAGAAAACUUUGAACUGAAGAAUCUGAUCCUGGCCCUCGAGAGCCGUAUUCUGGAGGUGGAGCUCCACGAUGAGAAGACCACUGGGGAGCGCAAUGCCUUACAAGAGCGCUUGAGUGCCCUAGAGACCAACCGCAAGGAGCUGGCAGACGAAUAUCUUGUUCUGAAGAGCAAUUAUCUUGCACUGGGCAAGGAACAUGAACAGGAAGUUGCUAAGAAUGAAGAGCUUAGCAGAGAGUUACUGAACUUGGCCAAUGCCCGAGGCAACAGCCCCAAGUCCCACGCUCAAACCAACAAGGAUUCUGUGGAGUUGGAAAGGGUGCGAGCCUUGGUCCACCGUCUCUCUGCCCGCAAGGUGAAGCCAGAAGAGGUGGUGGCUUCCGAACAUGAACGGCGGAAACUGGAGAGAAGUCUUUUUGGAAACCAGGAUCACAUCACUGCUCAGAUUGAAAAGAUGAAAGAAAUGUACAACUCACAGCAGCAGAAGUUAGAGGAGAGAGUGGUGACCCAGGGCAAGGAGCUGCAGGAGGCCAAGAAGGCGAUCCGGAACACGCAGCACAAGCUGGCAGAACAGUCGGUGGUAUUACUCUCGUCCCAAAGCCAGCUUCAAGAAGUGGAGGCAGAGAAUUCCUGGCUUCAGCUGCAGCUGAAGGAAUUGAACGAGGAAUACAGGUCGCGGCUCCUUCAGUACAUCACAGAUCUGGCGGAGCACAUGGACAGCAAGUCAGUUGCCGCUGCAGCAAAAGGGACCAGCAAAAGCACCUUCAAACCGGCUCACAUGAAGCGCUUUGUGGAUGGCAUGCUGCAGGACAUCCGAGCUUCAUACAAGUCUAGGGAGGAACAGCUGGCCAAAGCCACUCGCAGCUACAAGAAACGCCUGCAGAACUUGGUCAAGAGGCACGAGGGCCUGCUCAUUGCGUACAGGAUGCAGCGUGAACAGAUUCGGUCGCUGGGCAGCCACGAUCUGGAUCCUGGCCCACCAGAACACCAUUUCACCAUCACAGAUGCCGAGCUGCUGACGAGCACCUCUCAGGAGCUGAACCGGCUGCGGGAGGAUAAAGCCAGCUUGGAGGGCCAACUGCAUGAAAUGCAGAUGAAGGUAAAGUUAAGUCAAAAUGCUGGCUCAGGGACAUCACCUCCGCACAUGCUGGAUGAGGCGGGCUGGGCUGAGCUCCGGAAACAACUACGAGAGUUCACUCAAACCACACAGGAGGAUCUCGAAAAGGAAAGGAGUCAGCUGCUGACACGGGCGAUGGUGGCAGAAGAGCAGGUAGCCGAACUGCAGGAAUAUGUGGAUAAACACCUUGUAAGGUACAAGCAGGAGAUCUUGAGGCUGAGGAAACUUCUGGGAAUAGACAGCCACGAAGAACUAAUUGCCGGAGCUUCUAACCCUCUGGCAACUUCAAAACCCAAGAGGAAUUUCAGUAAUGAAAUGUAGUCUCUGACACCCAAGCUAUGGGAAGAAAAGGCUUUGUAGCAUCCUCAAGGAGGACUGGCACCUUGGCCUGAACAGCAGGUGGAUCACAGUGGUUGGCUAUAUUUCCAUCCCCCAGAAUAGACUCCAGGAAGCAAGUGGCUCAAUGAAGGCCUUUCAGCAACCAUUUUUGUCUUUUGUUUUUUAAAAAAUCCUGUCCUUUGUCUAAGAGGCUCAGAGCUGUUCUUCCACCCAUAUGCUACCCCCAAAUUAUCUUCAUAACAACCCUGGGAGGUAGGCUAGGAUGAGAAACCAUGCCUGUCGUCCACCAAUAACCAUGGUGGAGCAAGGAUUUGAACCCUAGUCUGAGACACUCAAUUCACAUCUUGUAAGCUCUUACAUUCCAAAUGCGCUUGCUUCUUCUUUCAGUAUUUCCAUUGAAUUCUUUCUCCCUUCUGUCUUACUCUAACCAGCUUUCAUUCUGACAUUCAGAUGCUUAUAUUGUGUUCCAGUGAACAAGCCAGCUUCACGGCUGAACUUGAAAAGUUGGUUUGUUUAGUAACUUGUUUAGUAACCUUGGCUGGAAUAAAACCACGAACCCUGGUUCAAAUGACAGCCUUUGAAAGCGAAACUAAACUCAGCUGAAGUCCCCACCCCGGUUAUAUGGGAAUUACGUGUAACACCAAACCAUGAUUUAGAGUAGUUUGCAAACCAUUACCACCGUGUGUAGAAAUCUGAAGUUGUACCAUGUUAGUAAAAUAAAUCACUAUCUGGUACAUUAAUCCUCA